AUGCCGGCAAGCGAACCCAUCCCCGACGAUCCUGAACAGGGCGAGAUCUAUUCGCUGUCUGUCACGCACCAGCUUCACUGCUUGGCUGUUGUGCGCGACGUCAUCAUCAAAUACGAAAAGCACGACAAGUCUCGAUUUGCAGGUGACGGACACGAAUAUCACUGUCUAGACGUUCGUACAUUCGUCAGGCCAUCCUUUGCGCCGGCGACACGACUCUGGACUACGCCGACGACCAGACACUCGGACCGGACGGGCGGGUGA